AUGGUGGCCGUCUCCCAGGGCUUUCAGGCAGCCACUGAGAAUGUGCUCCAGUGUCCAAACCCGAGAACACAGGGCGCAAGCAGAAGUCUCAGUAUUGCCCCAGUACAAGAGUUUGAUGGAGUUGAAAGCAUGAUGUGGACUGACUGGACAAGGAACCUGAUAUGCAGGGGUUUGGCUUACCAUAGCUUGGACCAAGAUAUCCUGCGAUCCAGUGUCCGGUUCUAUCACGUAGAAGCUCCUAGUCGAUGCAUCCCCACAGCUCCAGUGGCCCCACUUGUUCUCACUUCCUAUUGGACCAAGUGGCAUGUAGCUCUACCCCUGUUGCUGGCUUGGUUGCAGCUAGUUGUUGGGUUGCUGCCAACCUGGCCCAUUCAGAUGACACCUGGCCCACAAGCAUCCUGUGUCGAAGGCGGGAAUCUACCUGCUCCACUGCUACCUGGGAAGCCCCAGCCCCCUGCAGAGGUAAUGGCUGAUCUUCCGUCCUAUGUUGUACACCACUCUCUGCCAGCUGAUUGGCCUCCUCCAACAUGCUCCGCCCCCUGCUCCUCCUGUCUGCUCUCAUUGGGCUGGUGGCAGGUGAACGCCUCGGAUGAUGGAUUCUCAGCCUGUUUCAACAUGAGAAUGGACUGUGGUUUGUAUUUCUAUGAUGAUGAGAUCAUUUCUGACCCAGACACCUGCUCCACUGCUUACUGUGAUAGUGUGGCAACCAUUCAGACUGAUGGAUGUCCCCCACUGCAGCGUUGUCGUGGCAACAACGCCUGCAUGUUUGACCCCAUCUGCACUGUGACCGGCCCCGCUGUCAUUGACUUUAUUGACCAACUGAAGACUGUGGAGGAUCGGUGUGGGUACACCCUGCUGACAGGUUCGCCAAUCGAAAACCUCACCGUGGUGGCGAACUUCCAGGAACGUCGUCGUAGAGAUGUGAGCUUUUUGGACAGCGUGACACUGCGGCUGCAGGGGCAGGAUGAUGUUCACCUGGAACAAGGCGGGAUAGUUAAGGAGGGGAACACAGUGCUGACCAUCAACGGCUCGACUGAUCUGGGAAACGGUGUGGAGGUCUUUGUGGACCCAACUGGAGUCACAGUCACCGUGUCGAACCCCGAGUCCACCACUUCUGUCUUCUUUGACGGGAACACUGCACAGAUCAUCUUCAUAGGACCUGCUGAACUAGAUCAGGAACUGGGGGGAUUGUGUGCCAACUCCACGACUGUGAGUGAUGAGAGACUUCCUGAGAACAAUGGCAGCAGCUGUGAGAUGCAGUACAAUGACACUGCUGACAGUUCCAUCAACUGCACCAUGAUGACUGAACGCUGUAACCUCCUGUUGGAGGAGCCCUUCACCGCCUGUCACGACCACACCGACCCAGAGUCCUACAUAGACGCCUGCAUCGACACUUUGUGCAAAUACCCUGCGGUGGACGGUCUGAACUGUCAGUUCCUGGAGGCCUACGCCAGAGACUGCAGCGUGCGGAGCAACGACACACUGGACAGCUGGAGGUCAACGGCCGGCUGCUCCCCCCCUCAGCCCUUCUGUCAGGGAAGGAUCUGCAGCGAUCAUGAGUUCUGUGCUGAGACCAUCAGUGGUGGAAUCGGCUGCUUCUGUCGGGCCAUUUUUGCCUUCCCGUACAGAUCGAAUGACACCGUGGGUCACCCGACGGUCUGCGAGGAGAACUCAGCCUCUGUUACUGUGGUCGGGUGUCUCCUGGAGGAGAAAGGCAUCGACUAUACGAUGUUACACCUCAAUGACCCCACCUGCACGGGUCAGAUAGAUGAGCUGGACCACAUGGUGACCUUCAGCUUCAACAGCAGCAACACCUGUGGGACGGAGGUCAUGGCCAACAACAGCCAACUGAUCUACAUGAACAGCAUCGUAGGCAACAACAGCGUCUCUGACAACAUCACUCGCCAGGACCAAGUCUACAUCGACUUCUCCUGCGUCUUCACUCAGCCAGAUGUCAACACUGUGACCUUCAGAAUCAAAGACAGCUCUGUGAUUGAGAAGAUCACAUCUGGAACUUGGAAUUACACUCUGACCAUGAAGGCCUACACCGACGCCGGACGCACACAAGCUGUGGACUCCAACACUGAAGUCCAGCUGAACCAGCAGAUCUGGGUGCAGCUGGAGACUGACGGGCUGGAUGACGGUUUGGUCGCCCUGGUGACCGACUCCUGCUGGGCAGCCGACCAGGCUGAGAGUCUGAGAUACAACCUGAUUGUAGACGGCUGUGCGAACCCCGAUGAUCAGACGGUGAAUGUGGUGGGAAACGGAGCGGGAACGUCCAGCUACUUCUCCUUCAACAUGUUCCAGUUCUUUAGAAGCUCUGGCGAUAUCCACCUGCACUGCAAACUGAACCUGUGUGGCAACCUGAACCAGACCUGCACCCCGAACUGUAACGGAGCUUCUCGGAGACGCAGAUCUGCCAAGCUGAAGUAUGAAGACGAAGCCCCGGCCUUCAUCUCCAUGACCUGGACUCAUUAG